UCUCUUUUGUUGUAUGUUAGAAAUGUGGUAUGUCUUGAGUUUAAUAUUUUUGUACAUUUUAUUUUAUUACUUUAGAACUCUAUAUCUGGCGAUUUUGUUCCUUUCGAUAUCCAUUGGGAUGGAAAUUUUGUCGAGAACAAUAAUGUACCACGAUAUAUUGGUGGCGGUAAAGAAUUGGUUGCGGUCCGACGCAAUAUCUCAUUUCGGGAUUUAGAGAUGAAAAUAUACAAUGUUACUAAUUAUGAUCGAGUGGAAGACCGUCUACGCAUCACGGUGAAAUGUCCAAUGGGAGGCGAAUGGGAAUUAGUUAACAUAUCAAAUGACAAUACACUAUCUGGCGAUAUGAGUAUUUUUCCGUUCCAUGGAUGUAUAAAAUUAUUCGUGGAGAAAGAUGUGUUGACGACAAACCACCGUCCAAAUACCGUUUAUCAAAUGGAAAUGCGUCGUAGUCGCAAUGAUCAAAGGAAUUACGUCAAUCGUGAACAAGUUCGUACAUCAAGAGAGUUUGGAGUCCCAUCUCUGCCAGUUAGUGCAGCAUUGCCAUAUGCUAUGAUGGAUCCGUCUCCGUUGGUUGAUCAAAAUGAGUGGUAGGUGAUUGUAUGAUUUAGUUACAUGAAAAAUCAAUGUGAAUAGUUAAUCUUAUAUAUCUUUACAGAUCUACUGUCCCUCCUUAUUCAAGUGAAGAUCCAUCAUCUUAUGUUCAUGAAUGGAUGGAUUGGGAAGUCAGAACCACUAUCCUUCCUUAUCAAAAUGAAGGUCCAUCAUCUAGUGUUCAUGAAUGGCCGACUUGGGAAGUAAGAAGUACUAUCCCUCCUUAUCUAGAUGCAGGUCCAGGACCAUCUAGUGUUCAUGAAUGGCCGACUUGGGAAAUAAGAAAUACUAUCCCUUCUUAUCAAAAUGAAGGUCCAUCAUCUAGUGUUCAUGAAUGGCCGGCUUGGGAAGUAAGAAAUACUAUCCCUCCUUAUCUAGAUGCAGGUCCAGGACCAUC